UCUUGUCGCUUCCAAAUAUUGUGUUAAGCGUCAGAUGGCAGGCUGUGAUGCAGGCGAAAAGGCAAUUAUCCAUGGCAUGUACGAAAAGCUGGUUGGUCGUAUGGGUCACAUGUGUCCCGAGAUACACUGUGAACGAUGUGGAGCUCUCCAGUGCAUUGAGGAUUUGAGUAAUAUGCUUAAAGCAGGAAAGAAAGAAAUGUGCAAUAUGAUUGAGACGACAAAGCGAUGUGUAAAGAAGAACGCUAAGUAUUGUUCUGGAGAUGAGCAGAAGAAAAUCUAUGCCAAGCUGGAUUAUAUUGUUAUGAUGACCGCCUCUCACUGUGACAGGGUAGCCAUGCACUGUAUCACAGCAUUUAAGUCAGUCUCCAUGGAAAUCCUCAAACAUAACCAGCCUGGCAGAUCAUCUGACAGCAGCACUAGUGGGAGCCAAUCAAAUAGUGCCAGUCACAGUGGCGGAUCUAGUGAUAGUUCAGACAGCCAGUUCAAGGAUGGCAUUGACAGUGGUGAAAGUGGAAGCCAGUCUCAAAGUUCUAGAAGGAAAAGAAGUACGGAAAAUUCUGGAUCAAAUUCUGUGGCCAACUCUGGGUCUAACUCGGGGUCUAACUCGGGGUCUAACUCUGGGUCUAACUCCGGGUCUAACUCCGGGUCUAACUCCGGGUCUAAUUUGGGAUCAAACUCGGGGUCUAACUCGGGAUCAAACUCUGCUUCAAGUCAUCAGGGUUCAGCUGAAGUUGAAGACAAAAUUAUUUGUGAAGAUCAACUUGACAGUGAUUAUAUGUUGGAUGUAGCCUGGGCUUUUGAUCUAGACAGAUGUUACAUGGAGGACACUGAGUCCGAGAGUGGAAGUAAGUCUAGAUCUGAGAUGAGUUGUGGAGGACCAUACACAUCCGGGAGUCAAGAGUCACAAAGCGGAAGUGCAUCAUCGACAGCAAGUGGAUCUGGGAGUCAAGAGUCACAAAGUGGAAGUGCACCAUCGACAGCAAGUGGAUCUGGGAGUCAAGAGUCACAAAGUGGAAGUGCACCAUCGACAGCAAGUGGAUCUGGGAGUCAAGAGUCACAAAGUGGAAGUGCACCAUCGACAGCAAGUGGAUCUGGGAGUCAAGAGUCACAAAGUGGAAGUGCACCAUCGACAGCAAGUGGAUCUGGGAGUCAAGAGUCACAAAGUGGAAGUGCACCAUCGACAGCAAGUGGAUCUGGGAGUCAAGAGUCACAAAGUGGAAGUGCACCAUCGACAGCAAGUGGAUCUGGGAGUCAAGAGUCGCAAAGUGGAAGUGCAGAGUCUUCCCAGAAUUCAGGAGGCAGUGGGGAAGCUAAGACCUGUAUGAACCAUUUAGCUUGGAUGUGUAGAAAGGCUCGUCUGAGCUGGAAUUGUGUCCAGGAAGCCAUGCUUAUCCUGCCAGAAGAUAGGCAGCAGAUAUUGAGGCAUGCAUUGGCAGGGGUGUGGGCAUCUGUCCAGUACAGGUGUGCAGCGUCAAAAUUGCAGUGCUUUAGCUGUCAUAAGGAAGAUUCCAACGAAGCAUGCAAUGCCAGGGCUGUAGAUACGUGUGCUGCUAAUAAACAGGCUUGUGAAACAGUUGUGGACUUGGGGGCAAAUGUUGUCACGAAAGGAUGUGUCAACCCCAGCUCAUGCAAGACCCAAUGCACAGGGAAUGGCAAGAAGUGCUCCUACUGUUGUCAUGACAACAUGUGCAAUCAACCAUGGGGCAGUGUCAUCACUGAAUCUCAGACCUGUGUUGGUAUGUCUGCUGUGACAUGUGCAUUCUCAUUGGUCAAAUCUGUGGCACACAUGAAAGAAUUGUCUUGCAGUGAAGUUGAGGCCAGUCUGGAGUGUAUGAAGAAGAACACAAUCACAUGUGUUUCCAGCCAGUAUCUGUCUAUCAGAGAACAGAUCACUCACCUAGAAUCCAGCGCACUACUGACAAAGUGUCGUCUACGUCAACUUCACUGCCACUGUGGACUGUGUGGAAGCAUGGCUCUCGGUAUCACCAUACAGAACUAUUUCCGUACAGAUGAAACCGUGUGUCGACACCUGGAGGAUACGAUACAUGGUACAUCUCUGGCUACGAUGGAACAGACUUGCUCCCCGGCCGAUUUCAAAGCCUCUUUCCUGUCUCUGAGGCUUGCCUGGUCUGUCAUUGGAGACACAUGCAGAUUGGUGCCAAGAAUUAAUGGAACAAGUGCUGAAUCUCCCAGCUCUGGGGAGACCACAUCUAGAGAGAACACGACCAGUCAUGAAUCAGGGGAGACAAUCUGUAAUACCAAGGCUGCUUUUGAAUGUAUUGACAGUGAUAUGGCCAGGAAAGAAGUUAUAAUGACAAUGAUGUAUGGAUUUGAACAGAUCUGCAGUUGGAAGGAUAUGUGGAUGCAGUGUGUUGAGGACAAUGUGAAGGGCUGCUCUGGGGACAAGCAUACUGAAGUAUGGGACCGAGUAAUGUACGAAACAUCCUGGGUCAGAGGUCAUUGCCAGCGUAUUGCCAUGGAUACCAGUGACAAGUGUGAUAUUUAUGAAGCUAUGGAGUGUGUUUCAAAUUUAGGGAAUAUGUCUACCAUAGCCAUGAUGUGCCAAAACAGAAAUUUAACAAUCAGUUGUGUCGAGGAAAACACUGCAUCCUGUUUAUCUAUACAAAAAGCACCGAUUCACUAUCUGAUGGGAGAACUGAGAUUUGCCAUGGAGAGUGUAUGUGACACCGACAUGGACGACAACCGUAACAGAGACAUAUACCACGAUCUUGCUGACUGUGUGGUUGGAUUUGGUCACAGGAUUCAUCGGUCACUGAAAGUGAUAGGUUCUAAUGCCACCACUAUGGUCUGUGAGGCAGUAAGCCACCUUCAGACUUGUCUGUUUGAUGGAAAGUUACCUCCCCUUGCCAAGCUCUACACCAAGUCUAUGGCCAAAAUGACAACAUCCUUCAUGAAGCACAUCUGCUUGAUGGAUGAUAUGGAAAGACCACUGUAUUGUCACAUCUGUGAUAAACGUGGAGAAAUAGACUGUCAAACUAGUACCAAGCUGGCCAUCUGUGACCCUGUAACUGAGAGAUGUGGCUCGAUGUCACAAACAAUGGAAGAUGGUUCUGUGGUUUACAGUAAAGGAUGUGUGUCCAAGGACAAAUGUGAAGCAACCUGUCUAACAUCUACCAACUGUUCAUACUGCUGUCAGACUGACUUUUGUAAUGCAGGAGCUAUUCCUGAUGUUACCAUAACAACCAAAACUCCAAAUGUUGUCACAGAGCAAGCAGCUUGUGGUUACAGUGUGGCCGACAUUGUCAUAUUGUUGGACGAGUCUAGCAGUAUUGGCCAGAGUAACUUCUUCAUCAUGGCCGAGUUUGUCAAUAACAUUAUCACACAACUAAACAUUGGAGAAGAAUCCAUACACCUUGGUCUUGCGACAUUUGCCAGUCAGGGACAUGCCGGAUUUUCUCUCGAUACAUAUUAUGAACACAAGAGUAUGACAGAUUUUGUGACACAGCUAGCUAGCCAAUAUGGCGACAAGUCAGGCACAAAUGUAGCUAGUGGGUUACAGCUUGUGCAGUCACAGAUAUUUGGUGGAAGUGGGAAUCGUCCAGAUGUUCCGGAUGUCAUCAUUCUGCUGACCGAUGGAGAAUUUCAAUCUGGUUAUGAGGGUACUGUUGCUGCCAUCAAACAAGCCAAUAUCAGUGUCCUUGUGGUAGGUAUAGGAGAUGGCGUGGUACAGUCACAGCUCUCUGAUGUUGCCUCGGCCUCCAAAUACAUCUUCACCGUGGACAAUUUUGACGUCUUGGAUGCCAUUGCCGGAGACUUUGUACAAAGUAUUCCAUGUCCUCCAGAGCCCCCAAGUUGUACACUACAUGAGGCAGCGACUUGUGUGAGUGGCCCUCUUGUUCGUCUUUUGGUCACACCAUUUACACCUCUACAAUACCGACACACCUUGUGCAGUGACCUUGAAAUGGUUGAGGGAUGUUUGUCCACCUCUCUCAUAAACUGUCCUUCCUCCAACACCAACACCAUGUACAAAAUGGCUGCCUGGAUGAAGAGUACAUCGAGUCCUAUGUGCCUUGAAUGGAAACCACUACCAGAUCCUGUGUGUGAUGCUGCUGCUGUAGAAAUAUGUCUCCUCCCGCUAAUGGACAUGUUGUCUUACAAAGUGCUUCCAUCAGAAGUGUGUCCAAAACUGGAUGCAACCUUGACAUGUCUCACCAAGGUCAUGAAAGAGAAUUGCUCUCGAGAUGUUGUGUUGUCUGUAAGUCAGACCCUCCAUAUUGUCAGAGGCAUUGUGGGAGAUGCCUGUUCAACAGACCUGAGUGAGAUUUUGUGUGCUUUGGCUAACCCUGUCAUCCUUAGACAAAGCUGUGAUACCAACAAAGUAGACACUUGUGUAGAAAAUUUCAGUGAUUUUGCAGAUGGUUACUCUAUAUUUAAUACUGAAGAAGAAGCAUGCAAGGAGUAUAACACUGUACAGGAAUGUUUAGAAGACAACAGUGCUCUCUGUGAUCCAAGCAUUAGAACAACAGCCGAAGCAAUAAUCAUGACCAAAUUUUCAACAUUAGGUGUAAACUGUGAGCCAGUUACUAGAAUUUGUCCCUUACCUGGACAAUGCUCCAUUACAAAAGCCUUUGAAGGUGCUGUAAAGGAAUUGAGACAGUCACCUACUUGUGCAUCUGGUAAUAAACUAAUGAGUAAUAUUUCCAAGGAGAUUUAUGAUUGCAACUCCAUCCAGAGAUAUUCUGCUAAAACACACUUCCUGUCACUGCUGUCCGGAUGUCCUCCGAUAUCGCUGUUGAUUCCAGCAGCAGACGACAUAUUUGUACCCCUCACAGUGUGUAUACAGGGAAUUCAACACUGCUGUAAGCCAGGCCUUGACGAACUACAAUUUGGGAAUCGGAGCUCUAUGUCCGGCUGUUCGAGGAAUUUCUACAUGCUUCCAAACGUUCUACGACACUUUAGAAGACAUACCAGCUAAAUUUUUGUCUACAAGUCUCCUUAACAACACUCACCAAGUUGUGAAAGAAUUAAUUGAUACAUAUUGUUUCGAUGAAAUUAUCAUCUGUGAGGACGAAACGCACACCUUUGUAUGCCCUGCUGGAGAAAUUGUUGUCAUCCAGGAGGCGUUUUAUGGUAGAGAUGAUGAACACAUAUGUUUGAAUCGA